AUGGAUAACCUGCAACAACUUCAAAAUCAUGUUACAGCUGAAAACUCCAGCAAGACAAUCGCGAGGAAUGAACUGGCGCCGCAUUCACCUUGGGGUCCAAUGACUAUCAUCAUAGCGAGUUUCCUCGUCAUGGUCAUAUGCCUUGCCACAGUUGGUAACCUUGUGGUAUGUCGACUUGUCUGGGUUUGUCGGCGCAUGCAGAUCCCGUCACUGUACUUUGUGGCUAGCAUGUCAUUUUCUGAUUUCCUCACGGGUUUGCUGGUUUUGCCGCUAAGUUUGGGCUACCACAUUAGUUAUCAGAAUACAGGUAAAUAUUUUACUUAAUCGAAAAUAGACAACACAAAUUUAAGAGAAGGGAGGUAGGUUUCUAAGAAACCCUGGUGCUGUGUUAGCGGGGGAUAUUCACGCAAGAUAAUCUGGUUUCAUCAACUGAGACGGUUGAUAAUACAAAUUGGCUACCGUCCUUCCGCCCUUCGCCGGAGCAAAAUUUUUAAAGUAAAUCAAAGUCGGACUUUCCAAAAAAGCGUUUCUCUAUCUUGAAAAAACAAUGGGUUCAACAAUAGCGUGGGAUGAAAGCUCGCCUUAACUGAUAGAAGAAAAAGAUGAUAAUGAUAAAUCGAUCGACCGAUUUGUUGAGCCAAAGCUGAUCGAAAUUAUGUUUGCUAAUUGCAAACGCUCAAAGAAAUUUCACUUAUCGCAUAGUCAUCGCCCAUUGCUAGUAUGAUUUUUGCCUAGAAACGGAAGCCGUGAAAAACGAGAUGAUGUUGAACAGAUUUGAGACUUGACCUCUCACCACAUGGGAGACACGAUCAUAUCAAACUCUUUCCCAAGUGCGACGAACAUUUGUUUUUCUCGGUUCCAGGUGUACGCAACCACUAACCUCAGGUAAUGCGCAUGCUCUCCGUUACGAAUUUUCAAAAUGGCGGACAGGUCAAAGAGGGAAAUUAAAAAACACAAAGCGAUUUUGCAAUGAAUUCUCAACAUACACCCUCGUUAGAAAGGCGAAUCCACGGAAGAAAGAUACAAAACUGUAUGAUAUUGAGAUCGAUAUGAUAUUAAAUCGAUACCGAGGGCCCGUUUAAUUGCCUUCCGCCACGAUUAUUAGCUUUCUUGACGGCUUUCUGAAGGCAGAAUACUUUCUUUCUGAAGACUUCUGAUAUGCGGCUAUUGAUUAUUACACCUCGUAUACCUGAUUGCUCAAACACUUUGUUUACGAUUGUUGAAAGGACCGACUCAUGGUUCUCCGUCUUCGUCUUGACAUUGCUUUGAGAUAGUAUAGACUAGUAAGCUGAAACGAAAAAUUAAUCAGGGAAGUUUACGAAAAAUCCAGCAAACAAGCUUUAAAAAGGCAUUUAUUUAGACUUCAUACUUCAACGAACUUCACAAAUCUUACUUGUUUAUCUUGUAAGUAAACGAUGGCAGAUUAAUUCCCGAAGCGCUUUCUGAGUUUCCCGAUCCCUCUCCUACUGCUUUCACGCUUACAAAACAGGAAAAAUCAAAAGGAGGAAGAUACAGCUGUUUUGAAACGCCAUUUGACGAAGGUAAAUCUGCUUUUUGUUCGACACUUUACAUAUCAAAACAAAGGAAAUUUGUUCCUCUUUUUGAUUCUGGCGGUACAUUUUUAAUUUGCGCCUACGUAAAAGAGAUAUCGCCCGAGACCCUUCGCUCGGUCGUGUUUUGAUCAAAAACGCCUUGUUAAUUUCACGCAACCGCUCGGAGAAAAGGUAAAAAUGACGAGGGAAAAACUUUACCUUCAAGUUAGAAAAUUAGCGAAAUAGAAAGCCACAAUAUUAUAGUUUAAUAUUUCAGAGGUACAUUGAGUGCUUUUUCCGUAGAGAAUCCGCACGAUGGUAAAACAUUCGAAAAUUACACUCGAUUUGAGUGGGGUGUUGAAGUGGGCGUGGUCACUACAUUCAUGUUAAGACUAUUUGUACCCCAUGAGUUUGAUAUGGAGCCGUCAUCGGAAACUUGACAAAUGUUCUUGAAGCAGGGGGGAGGGAGGGGGAGGGGGAGGAAGGAGGAGGUAGAUGGGUCAGAGACAAGCAAGAACUGGUUAGAUUGUAAAUACGUUUACUUUCGUUAAUUUUUUUUUAAUAGUUAGGAGACAAACCUGUGUUCUUUUAUUUACUUCAGUAUACUUGAUCUCUAGGUCGAUGGACUUUUGGCAAUUUUACCUGCGACCUCUAUUUAUUCCUGAACUUUAUUCUGUGCAGCGCCUCCAUAUACAACUUGUGUGUGGUCAGCGGAGACAGAUACUUGGCUGUGACUUCACCACUAAAUUAUCUGUCACGCAUGAACGAAAGCAGAGUCAAGCAAAUUAUCGGAGUGUCCUGGUUUUGCGCGCUGCUACUAGCCGGUUUCGUCACGUACGGCACGCAUGCUUCCAAGGAAAACGGCGUCAACUGUUCGAUCUGGGGUUUGCGAUAUGAGUACUCUGUUUUUGUACUUGUGAUAGCUUAUAUUCUACCGGUAUUUUUUCUCGUAUUCGUGAAUAUGAAGGUGUUUCUCAUUGCGCAUGCUCAUAUGACCAGAAUACACGUGCAAGAGAUAUCGCUGGCUCCUGUUUCGACGUUUACGGAGAACGCCCUGAGUCAAGAAGGAGCACCUAAGAAAACUAGCCAAAGAACACGACUGAAACGGGAGAUCAAAAUAUUCAAAACAUUUCUCAUUGUCACAUGUACUUUUCUGAUUUCCUGGACACCAUUUGUCGUGAUUCUCUUAACGGAUUCAAUCUCACCUGUUCCGGAUCUUAUCAGACACUCCUCUAUCAUCCUUUUAUACUGCAACAGUGCUCUGAAUCCAUUCAUAUACGGCUUUUUUAAUUCCGAGAUAAGGAAGGCAUUGUCCGAGACUUUUAACUGUAAAUGUAUUCUACCUUUUGAGAGAUAG